UAUCUGGCGGAGCGUAAGAUCAACUCAGUAUCUCCUCAAAGUUGAGUUUGCAUUUGCCCAAUUAGAUAAAUCAUCUCACCAUCUCAUAACAUCUAUAUCUGUAAUUAAAAUUUUGUUCAACGUCGAUAAAUUCGACAGGUAAAGGUAAUUUCAUCGCGUACGUCUCUGAUAACAUUGCUUUUACAAAUGACAGUAAAAUGGAAAGGUGACGUUUGAACUAAAAAAAAACGAAUUAAGCCUAAGGAAAUUGUGUCAAUGAUAGAACUGAUAACAGCAGUCAUUGAAAAGGCUCCCCUACAUAAGGUACUCAGCUUGUCUAAAACUGUCUCUCGCGUUAGCAGGGGAAAGAAUGAAUCCAACGGCCGGAUUAAGUUUGGAGGAGAGAAAUUCUUCCAUUUCUUCAGAUCAGUGCUUUGUCUUGCCAGAUCCAAGCUUUAACACAGUAAUGGAUCGUCACACGACGAACCUUGUCACAGCCAUUAUAAACGGCUUAUGUUCACCUUUCGCCGUUGUCGCCAAUUUCCUAGUAGUGUUUGUGAUCGCACGAAACGGCGGCCUUCACUCGCCGUCCAACCUUCUUUUGGCCAGCUUGGCAUCCUCUGACUUCUUGGUCGGUCUUCUGGUACAACCAUGCUACAUUGUGUUCCGCUUACAGGAAAACAUUUUGCAUUUUGUGCCCUGUCUGUUUAGAGUGAUUUAUUCCGAAAGCUUCUGGGUGUGUUAUGGAGUGUCGUUUCUGACACUAAGCGCCAUCAGUUUUGAACGCUAUAUUGCGCUGCGCCUACAUCUUCGCUACAAAGAGCUGGUUACUACACAGCGCGUUUUAAAGCUGGUUGUCAGCCUCUGGGUUUUGGAAAUUACUCUGACUUCCUUGGAAUGGAUCUGGAAAAGUGGGCAUUUGCGGAAAAUUCACGCUUUCCUCUUACUUAUCUGUCUCUUGGCCACCUUUGGCACACAUAUCAAAAUAUUUUGGAUUCUCCGUCGACAUCAGCGUCAAAUAAACAGCUUCAGUCACAUGCCACCAAAGAGGAAUCUUCAGCGCCAAACAAGACUCGCAGUGAAUGUUUCGUACAUCGUUGUAAUCUACAUAACCUGCAACAUCCCAGUAUUACUCAUCAUGGCGUAUCUUUUCGCUGGAGGACAUCUCGACAAUUUUAAUAUUUGCAGCUGGACUGAAACUAUAGCGUUUUUUAAUUCGUCGAUUAAUCCUGUCAUCUGUUGUUGGAGGAACAGAGGGAUACGAAAAGCCGUCUCAGCGAAGAUCGUUUGUUUGAAUAAAACAUUGACUAAAAUGGAACUUGGCAAUACAUCCGUUGCGACGAAGGGCAAUAAAAUGAGAUUGUCAGCUUAUGUCAUCCAGAGGAAAUGAAGGUGAAGAACUCAAUUAAAAAGUUGAGAGAUAUUACGAGUUUUGCUG